CCCAGUCCAUGGUUUUCCUGGUUUCCUGUCGCCUUUUCUCUCAAUACUUGGUACCUCCGUUCAAUUUCCCAAGAGAAAUUACAAUAGUUUGAUACCUUUCCUACCUUUUACUCGGUCAAAUUAUGUGUCUUGUGCUCACUAUGUUAUGGUAUCCGACGAACCCACGAGUGUUUCAGCUCCCAUUAGUACUGAGAAUUCACCAGUUUCGCAUGAUAAAGGGUUUCAAAAGAUACACAGGAUAUCAUAUAGCCGUAAGAAAUCUUCUUUGGUAUCAUCAAGCAAAGUAACUCAACGAGAUGGAAGGAGCAAACCUGCCAACCUGCAUAAGGCGAGGUUAAGAAGGUAUUCGAGGAUGCUGCAUGAUUGCGUGGCGAAUGGGUCUAUACGUGAGGGAAAAACGAUACAUGGGCGUCUUAUAACUAGGGGAAUCGAGCUGGAUUCACGUCUGUCGGUUUCGUUGAUUGAUGUUUAUGCUAAACGUGGGAGAGUUGUUUAUGCUCGUAAAGUGCUCGAUGGAAUGCCAGAACGAGAUGUUGUGUCGUGGACCGCGUUAAUUGUGGGGUUUGUCGCUGAAGGAUAUGGCAGUGGUGGCCUUAGUUCUUUUUGUGAGAUGCGAGAGGAGGGCAUAAAGCCGAAUGAGUUUACAUUGGCCACUAUUUUAAAAGCCUGUUGUAUGUGCUUUGAUUUUGAUUUUGGGAGACAGAUUCAUGCAGAGGCAAUAAAACUUGGAUUCUUCUUGGAUUUGUUUGUUGGGUCUGCCCUUGUGGAUGUCUAUGCAAAAUGUGGGGAGAUGGAACUUGCUGAGAAAGUGUUCUCUUUCAUACCUGAAAAGAAUGUUGUGUUGUGUAAUGCAUUGCUUAACGGUUAUUCUGAGAUGGGUCAUGGGGAAGAGGUUUUGAAACUAUUUCACAGAAUGUCAGAAUGUCAAAUGAAUUUAAGCAAGUUUACUCUGUCCACUGUCUUAAAGGGCUGUUCGAAUUCGGGAUAUGUGAAAGAAGGCCAGGUGGUGCACUCAAUGGCAAUAAAAAUUGGCUGUGAGCUUUAUGAAGUUGUUAGUUGUGCUCUUGUUGAUAUGUAUUCCAAGUGUGGGCUUGUACAUGAGGCACUGAAAAUAUUUGAAAACAUUAAAGAUCCUGAUGUUGUUGCCUGGAGUGCAAUCAUCACUUGCCUUGAUCUGCAAGGACAGAGCUGGGAAGCAGCUCAUCUGUUUAACCAAAUGAGAGAUUCUCGAGUAACACCAAAUCAAUUUACCCUUUCCAGUCUUGUCUGUGUUGCCACUCACCUUAGUGACCUCCUUUAUGGUGAAAGCGUCCAUGCUUGCAUCUGCAAAUACGGGUUUCAGUCUGAUAAUCUAGUCAGAAGCUCCUUGAUCACAAUGUAUAUGCAAAAUGGUUGUAUGCAAAAUGGUGCUAGAGUGUUUGAGGCAAUGACUCUUCAGGAUUCAGUCUCAUGGAAUGCCUUUUUAUCUGGAUUCAAUGACUAUAAAAACUUUGAGGAAGUGCUAGGAAUUUUCUAUAAAAUGCUCAUGGAAGGAGUGAAGCCCAAUGCGUACACUUUUACUGGUGUGUUAAGAUCUUGUUGUAGCCUUUUACAUGUAGCUUUUGGAAAGCAAGUACAUGCCCAUACAAUAAAAAACAGCCUUGAUGGCAACAACUUUGUUGGAACCGCUCUUAUUAACAUGUAUGCUAAAAGUGGGUAUUUGGAAGAGGCAGAUGUUACUUUUAACAGAUUGAUAAAUAGAGACGUGGUCGCUUGGACAACCAUUAUUGCUGGCUAUGCAGAUACUGAUCAAGCAGAGAAGACUUUGAGUUAUUUUUGUCAGAUGCAAAGAGAAGGCGUGAAGCCCAAUGAAUUCACUGUUGCAAGCUGUUUGAGUAGUUGCUCCCUCAUGGCAACCUUGGAGAAGGGUCAGCUGCUUCAUUCUAUGGCCAUUAAGGCUGGAUUUUCAAGUGAAAUGUUUGUGUCUAGUGCACUUGUAGAUAUGUAUGGGAAAUGUGGGUGCAUAGAAGAUGCUGAAGCUGUUUUUCAGAGUUGACAUCUGAGGAUACAAUGUCAUGGAAUGAAAUGCUAGAUGGUGACUUGCAACUCGGGCAAGGACGGAAGACUUGGGAAACCUUUAGGAUGAUGGUUAGAUGAAGGCAUUAAGCAAGAAGAGAAUACCUUUAUAGGGAUCCUUUUGGCAUCUUAGGUCAAGCUGGCCAAUUUUCUGAAGUUGAGUGCUUUAUCAUGUUGAAGAAUUUGACACCAAAUGCCUUCAUCUAGGAGAAUCUUUUUGGGGCUUUUUGACUGAAAUGUUGAACUUGAUGAGCAAACUGCAGGAAAACUUUUUGAGCUUGAAACUGGACAGACUUGUAUUAUAUAUUUCUGUCCAACAUUCAUGCUCAAAAGGUAGAUGAAUGAUGUUAGAAAGUUCAGGGCAUUGAUGAUUAGUCAGAGAGCUAAGUAGGAACCUGAGUGUUGUUGGGUAAUCGUCAAUUAUCAACUGCACUUCGUCAGUCUCAUGAUGCUUCACCAACAUAAAUCACUGAGAACUAUAGGAAAUUGGAGGAGCUUGUGUUGAAUGCAAAUUCCAUAGGUAAUGUGCCUAAGAUAGAAUACAUGCUUCAAGUUAACUAUGAAAAGGUUUCUCUCCAUCUUCAUGGUGAAAGAUUGGGUCUUGCUUGAUCCCUUAUAAGAAAGCACCUGUCGCAUG